AUGCACGAAGUUGUUAUCUCUAAAUUAAACUCUGACUUAAAACUCAAGUUAAAAUAUGAUGACUGGCAUCAAAUUGUGUGGUCCAAAAAAUUAUCACCAAUCUAUUGCGAUUCUACAAAGACUUUUACAUUCUUAUUUGAUCAAACUGGAAUCACCAAUAUUUCUCAUUAUUAUCAAGAAACCCCUAAAGAAUACAAUAUUAAGCUUAUAGCAUCUAUGGAAAAAAGCGAAGAUGUAUUAACUCCGCUUAAUCUUGAAGCUAAAUUCGAAAGAAUUGUUUUACCUCAACUUAUAAUGAUAAUAUAUGUAAAUACAAGCUCGACCGUCAAAGUAGCUUGUGUUUUAAACGGGAAAUUAAAGUUGAAAAGGGUAAUGGCAUUAAUAAUGCCAUUAAUCAUGUAA